UCAAGAUCCUUAUUAAUUAGUUUAGUUAGGGUUUCUUCAAAACUUUCGCGAUGAGGCGCCUCCUGAUGGUCUACCUCGACGAAAAAACAAGAGAAAUCCGUGACAAGAGUAUAAUUGUGGAUUUGGUCGAAGGCAUAAUCUUUUACACUGUGUUUUUUGGAUCGUUGGCACUUAUUCGUGCAUAUCCUGAAAGAAUGCUUCCACCUAUGUUAACAUACUACCGCCUAUCAAGAAUGUUUGUGUUGCUCAUUCUCGAUUUCAUUGGCCGGAAGUUCAGAAUGAUCAUCUUCAUAAUAUGUAGAAGAAGAAGAAGAAUGAUCAUCUCGAAAGUAGAGGACAGCAGCCCCUGGUCCAAUAAACUCGCGGGAGAUGUUAUGCAACUGAUUCUACGACGACUGGGCUUAUCAGACUACGUUCGAUGUGCUGCAGUAUGCCGUUCAUGGCAAGCAAUUAUUAAAAGCAAUAUUCAGUCACGCCGUCCCCUUGCUCAGGAUCAAGUUCCAUGGCUUAUGUUAAACUCUCAUCCCAUGUCCACUAGAGAUCAUCGCGUUUUAAGUCCAGGUGAUUGGAAAGAUCAUAAAUUUCUACGAUCAUGGCCAAAUACAAUUUUUUAUUGUACAAUGAAUAGGAUGGAUUGUGUUGGCUCAAUAGAGGGAUGGUUGAUCAUGGUCGACAGUGCGUUGAGGCGUCCAGAGGGUUUUAUGAAACCUUGGUCAUUCUACCUAAAAAAUUGUCAGAACCCUAAUUUUAAAAUAGAAUUCUUCUUCUUCAAUCCAAUAUCUGGUGAUCGAGUGAUGCUCCCCUCGUCGCAGUCCACCCUUCCAUGCCGCUGCAUCAAUGGUCCUGACUUCUCCGUUUCUAAAAUUAUUGCCUCUUCUGAACCAAAAACAAUCAGUCAGGAGCCAUGUUUUGUGGUUUGUCUUUGCAAACAGGGUCAUCUGACUUAUUGUAGGCCAAGGGAUCAAUCAUGGAGCUCGAUUGAUGAGGAAAUACCCUUUGUUAAUGGUAUAGUCAUACUGGGCGGUAAGUUAUAUGCUACAACGUCCUUAGAGUCCAAGUUUUUAAUGGUAUUUGAGAUGAUCGAAGACACCAAAGGCAAUGGCGGUCCUCUUAGCUAUAGGGUCGUUAAGUUGAUAACCCUUGAUCCCAACACACGUCCUUCCAUUCCACUUCCUUUCGUUAAAACUGAUUACAAUGGAUCAAGACUAGAGCAUUACAAAGGCCGUGAGUUCGUUCACCUAGCAAAAGAUUCUGCAUCUAUGGAGUUGUUUAUGAUUUUUCAUAAGGCAGACUAUGCAUACAAGCCUAAACAAGAAAUGAGUUCACUAACCGAUCCUUGCUGGCAUAAGAUCAUGCUUGGAAAGACCUUUCGUUACACUGAGCCACCUAAGACUAAAGGAUUUCGAGUGUUCAAACUGGAGUGUGAUAUUGAUGGUGGUCCACAAUGGAUGGAGGUUGUUGAACUUGGUGAUCGGGUAUUAUUUAUGAGCAACCACCAUUCUGCCGUUAUGUCGUACCCCCAUGGUCAGAAGGUUGAAAGAAACAGUAUUUAUUUUGCCUUUGAUUACGCAUGUUACGAAUCAAUCAAAUGUGACUUUGGAGUAUUUUCCUUCACAAAUAAGAGUAUUAGGCAUUUUAGUAGCUCCAAGAGUCGUUCUUCGCACAUGUUGCAUACUGCACCUUUAUGGUUUGUACCCAAUCUUUGAUAGGUUAGUUUAAUUAAAUUUUGUUUUGUUUCCUUUUUUCA